GACGUGCUUAUUAAUUAACCUGACUUACACUUGUACUUAUAUUUGAGCGAUCAGCGUUGUAUUGCACCGAACACAAUGGCGUCGGCCCUGCUCGGCCUUUGGAGGGGAUUUCAACCCGCAUCCAGCGCAGUUGCCUGUUAGUGAUCUCUCUCUCCGCUAAGAAUAGUGUCGCAGAGAGCUAGCUCGUUAGCUUAGCCUUAGCCCCGCUAGCCUUCCAGCCCCCUCUAGUACAGUCUACACGUCCAGCUAACCGGGACCAGCUAGCGGUCCACCUCGGCUGUCUGUCAACCCCGGGGGACAGCGGGACGGACAGGGGGUGCAGCAGGAAAUGACCUAGAGGCCUUACAAGAUACAGUUGUGCUUCCGUCGCUGUAAUCUGUGUCUGCGGAGAGAGCCCACUGGUAUUCCUGGUGAGUAUCAACUACCUCAGCCAGACGACCCCGGCACACCCUGCGGCAGGCCCAACAGACCCCAAGGGACGUCCCGGAGCUCUGGUGAAGAGACACCCUCCCAAACGGACACGCUCCCAAACGGACACGCGCGGGACCGUGGAAGAAGCCUCGCUGGCCGCCGGUUCCUGGAUGAAACGCUGCUCCUCCUCCUUCUUCUUCCUCUCCUCCGAGGGGUGCUGAGACGGACUGGUUCCGUCGUCGGGUAGCUCCUGGUCACACGCGGCGGUCUGGGACCCGUCACGCACCGCUGGUGGUGUCGCUCCUCCGCUCUAGUUAGCUGGUUACCGUUGGCUUGACCGGCGACCACCUCCGCCUAUCUCAAUCGUACCAUUUUUUUUUUUCAUGGCAACUAUUUAAUAGAUAAGUUGUUUUAUAUUUGCGGUGUUCGAUCUACAUCUAAGUACAUCUAUGUGAAUAUACCGUCUACGUAUUUUCCGCUUCCGUCGUUCAGAAGGGCGACCUCUGGAGCCCCGCACUCUACUCGCACGCUGAAUCCUAGAGCUCCCGUGCGAUUCCCCUCGUCCUCCUUUAUGCCACACGGCCCCAACCCAACCCCAGGGGCCCUGAAGCGGGUGUCCAGGCCCGUAGCGCGCCCCCGGUGCGUCUGAUGUUGGUCUGCAGCAGGGCUGCAUGCACCACGCGCUCCGAGCCCCUCGGUCCGUCCCGCCGGCCUCCGUGUCACCCGUCGUCCCCGUUCAGCCCUCUCUGAGAUGAGCCUCUGGCAGGGGAACUCCUGAGGUGUCCUCUUACCCCGACGUGAACAGCCACCCUCUCUCCCGUCGCCUCCUUUUGUACGCCCUCUCAAAUCGGAAUCUCCCCAUCCCGCGACCGCCAGAGUCGUCCAGCGCCACGGCAGCGAGCGGUGCCGGUCGCGCCCAGUCGUAUGUACAGUUGCAACGCGCCGGAAGGUAAAAUGGACUACAAGCGGCGCUUUCUGCUCGGCGGGUCCAAGCAGAAGGUCCAGCAGCAGCACCCGCAGUACCAGAUGCCCGAGCUGAGCAGGACCCUCAGCGCCCCGCUGGCCUCCUCCCCCUGCUCCCCCGCCCCCCCCUCCAUGGGCCCCGGGGGGAGCGGGCCCCCGGGCGGCGGCGGCGGCGGCGGCCUGGCCCCCGGCCCGCCCUCCGGCACCACCACGGCGGUGGCGGACAUCCAGCAGGGCAUCUCCAAGUACCUGGACGCGCUCAACGUGUUCUGCCGGGCCAGCGCCUUCCUCACGGAGCUGUUCAGCGGCGUGUUCCGCAACUCCCACUACUCCAAGGCCGCCAUGCAGCUGAAGGACGUGCAGGAACACGUCAUGGACGCCGCCAGCCGGCUCACCGCCGCCAUCAAGCCCGAGAUCGCCAAGAUGCUGAUGGAGCUCAGCGCCGGCGCGGCCAACUUCAAGGACCAGAACGACUUCAGCUUCCAGGACGUGGAGGUGCUGGGCCGGUGCUUCCGGACGGUGAUGCAGGUUCAUUUCCAGUUCCUGUCCCAGGCCCUGCAGAAGGUGCAGCCCGUGGCCCAGUCCUGCCUGGCCGAGGCCCUGGCCCAGGCCCAGGAGCGCCGCGCCAACGCCCGGCCCCCCAGCAGUGAGCACGGGGCCCCCACCGAGCUGGAGGACGCCGCCCGCUCAUGGAAGGGGGCAGCCGAGGCGACGGGCAGGCUGCGGGAGAGGGGCCGUGACGGCUGCCUGGCCGGGCUGCAGGUGCAGCAGCUCUUCUGCUCCAACAACCCCUCCAUCCCCGAGCACCAGCUCAAGGACCUCAACGGACGGAUCGACCACGCCCUGCAGGCCUACAAGGCGGCUCUGGACAGCAUGGGCCACAGCGAGUACUCCCUGAAGGCCGGCUUCCACCUCAACCCCAAGUCUGUGGAGUCAGCGCUGCAGGGCUGCUGCAGCGAGGCGGAGGCCCAGCAGGCGGGCCGCAUGCAGACCCCCUCCCAGCCCAUCCAGUGCGAGCUGCCCACCGUCCCGCUGCACAUCGGCUCACACUUCCUCAAGGGCGUGUCCUUCAACGAGUCGGCCGCCGACAACCUCAAGCUCAAAACGCACACCACCCUGCAGCUGAUGAAGGAGGCCCUGGGCCAGAACGGCAUGCCCCGCCGGGAAGACUCCCCCGUCACCGAGGUCCUCAACCAGGUGUGCCCCUCCAGCUGGAGGGGGCCCUGCAAGACGGCCGUGCAGCUACUCUUCGCCCAGGCCGGACUGGUGGUGGUGGACACGGCUCAGAUUGAGAACAAGGAGGCCUACGCUCCUCAGAUCACCUUGGAGGGCUCCAGGGUGCUGGUCCAGGUGCCGUCGACCUGGUGUCUGAAGGAGGACCCGGCCACCAUGUCCCUGCUGCAGCGCAGCCUGGACCCGGAGAAGACGCUGGGGCUGGUGGACGUCCUGUACACCGCCGUCUUCCACAUCAACCGCUGGAAGGACAGGAAGGAGCAGGCUCUGCCCACCAUCCAGAUGCAGCUGCAGCGCGAGGCCCCGGACUACAGCGUCCCGGCGGACCUGGCCCCCGGCAGCGGCAGCUCCUCCAAGAGCUCCGGCGGCCUGCCCAAGAGCAUCUCCAAGCUCACCUCCAAGUUCACCAAGAAGGCCUCCUCCCACGCGGGCGGCGGCGGCGGCGGCGGCAGCUACUCCAUCCCCAGCACGCCGUCCCGCAGCAUGCUGUCCUCCUCCUCCUCCGGCGGCGGCGGCUGCGGCGAGGAGAAGCCCAAGGGCGGGCUGGCGCCCGGGGACGGCCGGCUGCAGAGCCUCCUGCAGAUAGGAGGCCUGCAGUGCGGCGGCGACCCGGGCCAGCUGGCCAACGGCGCAGGGCCCGACGACCAGGGCAUGAACCUGCCCACCGACCAGGAGAUGCAGGACGUCAUCGACUUCCUGUCUGGCUUCAACAUGGGCAAGUCCCAGCAGGCCUCGCCGCUGGUCAAGAGGCGCAACUCCGUGGCGUCCGCAAACCCGGCGGAGCUGAGGCCGCCUGGCGCCGCCCAGGCCGCCGCCCUCUCCCACAACACCCUGCAGCCGCCCCCCGCCCAGACGCAGCCCCAGAAGCAGCAGCAGCAGCAGCAGCAGCAGCAGCUGCCGCCGCCCCAGUCGCAAGCCCCGCCCCCUCAGCAGCAGACUCCGCCUUCCCAGGCCCCGCCCCCCCAGCAGCAGCAGCAGCAGCAGCAGCAGCAGCAGCAGCAGCAGCAGCAGCCCUCCCCCCAGGCCCUGCAGUUCUACCAGCACCUCCUGCAGCCGCUGGCUCAACACCAGCAGCAGCAGCAGCAGCAGCAGCAGCAGCAGCAGCAGCAGCAGCAGCAGGCUUCCCUCCCCUCCCCCCAGCAGCUCCAGUCCCUGCCGCAGCAGAGAAUCCCCAGCAAGUGGCUGGGGAGCUCCGGGGCCCAGCAGCAGCAGCAGCAGCCGCCUCCCCAGCAGCAGCAGCAGGGCCCCCCGGGCGGGCUGUCCCCCCUGGGGCCCAUCGGCCAGUGGGGCUCGGCGGGCCUGCCCGACCUGAGCUCGGAGCUGUACAGCCUGGGCCUGGUGAGCACCUACAUGGACAGCGUGGUGUCGGAGAUGCUGGGCCAGAAGCCCCAGGGCCCGCGCAACAACACCUGGCCCAACCGCGACCAGAGCGAGGGCGUGUUCGGAGGAGGGGCGCUGGGGGACGCGCUGCCCUUUGACCCCGCAGUUGGCUCGGACCCGGAGUUCGCCCGCUACGUGGCAGGGGUCAGCCAGGCCAUGCAGCAGAAGCGCCAGGUGCAGCACAUCCGUCGGCCGAGCAACGCCCGCAGCAACUGGCCAAUCCCAGACGAGCAGCAGCAGCACCGGACCUGGUCCCACCCGGACUACUACAGCGAGGGUGAGCCAGUGAACAGCAGCUGGUCAGCCAAUCAGGGCGACUCUGCUAGCUCAAGCGACGAGACGUCCUCGGCCAAUGGGGACAGCCUGUUCUCCAUGUUCUCCGGACCGGACCUUGUAGCAGCCGUCAAGCAGAGAAGGAAACACAGCUGUGGUGACCCGGAGGCGUGCACACUGCCCUCCCCCCCCCUCCACCACAUGGUGGACGACAGCCAGGACAGCAAGACCAAGACGUGGCCUCCCAAGGCGCCGUGGCAGCACACGGCGGCGCACGCCAGCGCCAACACGCUGCCCAAUCCCAGCUCUUCCUUGUACCAGAUGAACAUGCCGACCGCCUCCCAGUGGAGCGACUCCAUGCAGAUGCUGCAGUCUCCCGUGUGGUCCACGGCCGGCGACUGCUCCCCCUCCUCCGGUCUCUCCUCCGGCCUCUCCUCUGGUCUGUCCUCUGGUCUCUCCUCCGGUCUCUCCUCUGGCCUCUCCUCUGGUCUGUCCUCUGGUCUCUCCUCCGGUCUCUCCUCUGGUCUCUCCUCCGGCCUGUCCUCUGGCUUCCCCUUCUCCCAGCAGCAGCAGCAGCAGCCCAAACCCAUAAGCAAGGCAUUCAAAUCCUUCCCGGUCAAACACGAGCACAGGCCUUCCUACCUUCACCAGUACUGAGGGGCCCGCGGUUCGGGGCCCGCGGUUCGAGACCCAGGGGACGGCCUCUAGCGUCUGACGAGCUAACAUGCUAACAAUCCGAUUUGGGGACUGUAACGAGUCCGAUAUAUUUAAUUGGGAUGUUUUUGAGUUGAGGUGUGUUUGGGGGUGAGGGGGGGUACGGGGGGAGUGCUGUGGUGUUACUUUAAGUGUACAUAUUAGCUCAACAAUUUGUAUCGAUCUAUAUAUUAUUUUUUUCCACGUCACACAUCCGCUGCGUUCGGUUAGUGUGGCGUCAUGGCAACGAGUGUGGCCGUCCGGUGGCCUAGUGGGGGGUUUCUCUGUCUGCGGGGCGCGACUCACGCCGGGGUCCGCAGGCAUGAGCUGGAGACGCGCAUUACCGUCGCCCACUCUGCUUCUCUGUGUGUGUGUGUGUGUGUGUGUGUGUGUGUGUGUGUGUGUGUGUGUGUGUGUGUGUGUGUGUGUGUGUGUGUGUGUGUGUGUGUGUGUGUGUGUGUUGGGGGUUACGGGAGGGCACGAGGAGUUCCGUCUCGGCCCGGACUCUACAUGAUACUGUGUCUACUGAGCUGUAACUGCCAAAUCUCAUGCAAGAGUACAGCUUCCAUCUACUGUUUCAUGGCUUGUAAAUUACCGAGGUUGAAACUAUAAAUAUUUACUCCUUUUUAUUAAGAGGCUUUGAGCAGGCUCAGCGUGAAUAUAAAAUCGUCGCAGGGGUGUCGUUUGCGAGGAAUUACACUACUUUUUCAACCGCAGACGGGGGUCACGAGAUGCAGCCCGGACUGGUGGUUGGUGUGGACCGCACUUGAUAGAGUUUUUGUUGUUUUUCCAACCAAAGCGUUGUUCAGAAUACUACCGGUGCAGAGGAGGAGGAGGAGUUGAACAGACUAGUGCGUUGAUAAGCAGCAAAGUUAACGAGCCCUACUUGACAAUAGCUUUAGGGAAUGUCUUGACGACAUGGAAAGGAAUUCAAUUCCUCUUUCCUAAUCAGCAUUUUUGCUUCAGAUUGACACUAACUCCUGAGUUAAAAGACAACAACCUAACUUUUGUUCCAUUUAAAAAAAAAAAAAAUACAAUAUUUUUCUUGUACAAAUAUUGACAGUAUUAAUCUUAUUUUUGUAUUUUCUUACAUGUUAUACCAUUACUGUAUGUUAGUAUACUAUAGACAUAAUUACAUACGUUGUUUUCUUUCCUGCCCUGAGAUGUGAAAAGCACAUAUUUAGUUUUUCUUUCCUACAGAGCUACACCAUAUAUCUAUAAAGGUUACCAAAUACGCCAUGGUAGACACUAAGACAAUAGUGUGCGACGGGGGCUGUUUUCAAACCCUCGUCCUCCUUGGUUUCUAUGGCGAUGGGCUGUGUUCACAGGCCCAGAAUGUUACCCUUUUGUGAUCUUUGCGGAUGCCAAUGUUGCCUGUAUUUAUGAGAUGACCACCAUGUUUUCCGAAAAAACUAACAUACUUACCAUGUUUACAGAGAAUUGUUUGCUGUAUAUACAUAUAAAUAUAUAUCUUUUUAUAGUUAAUGUGCUUUGCACAAUCAAAAUAUAGGGUUUGUUGCUUUUUUGUCUGUGUUAACUCCCAACCUGUUGCAGCCUUUUUAGAGAUAUUAAUUAAAGACCUUUGGACUGUAACGGUUAGCAUUUCUCAGCUGUUGUCAAAUGGUUUACUAGUGGCUUCUAAAAAAAAACGUGUUGCCCUGAUCGAUGGUAUGAAGGGGGGCUGCUUGGCUUACGUUGCUUACUGUUCUUUUGAGCUGGCAACCGAAUCUUUCCAAGUGUACCAGCAAUGCAAAAAAGAAAAUUAAUAAAAAAAACUAGCAAUUAAAAUAGCCUCUUCUGUCUUAUAGAUAUUGUACUCCAGAACCAACCCACUGUCCUUUGGCACAAUGACACUACCUUUGUAUCUUUAACACCAGGCCCUUCAGAGUUCCUAUAUUUUGUCUGAUAUAACAGGUAUUUUUUAGUAUUUGUGUAAAUUGCUUAAUUGAAUUCUUUGCAUUUACGGAGUGGAAAUAAAUGAGGUUGGUGGCUUGA